UCUCUACUUUUUCCACAAGGCAAAUACAAAACCCUAGUGUUCUACUCUAGUUAAAGUUCAUCUCUCAACCUUAUACUUCAAUUCAUUUCAAUUUUCAACCCAAUAAUGGCUGCUUUCCAAAGCAUCAACAACAUUGAAACUCAACAAAUUCCACCAGAGCUCCUCAUAUCUCAAAUCAUGCAACUCCAUGCAAGCAUCUCCAAGCUUGAAUCCCUAAGGCCAUGCAAGCAAGUCAAUAGUCACUUCACCCACCUAGUGAAGCUUUGCACCCUCCCUUCAACCAUUGACAUCGAAGCCUUGCCCAAAGAGGUGCAAGACAUGCGUGAUAGCCUCAUUAACCUAAGUGGCCACGCCGAGGGGCUCCUAGAGCUCGAAUUCUCGACCUUCAUAAGCCUCACACCUGAGCCAAUGAAAAAUGUAACCCUAUUCCCUUAUUACGGGAACUAUGUCAAGCUAGCCAACAUGGAGAGCAAAAUCCUCAAAGAAAACGGGGUUUUGAGCCCUAAGAAAGUGGCCUUUGUAGGGUCAGGGCCAAUGCCACUCACCUCCAUCGUCAUGGCCACUCACCACAUGGAAUCCACACACUUUGACAACUUUGACAUCGACGAAAAGGCGAACGAGGUGGCACGAAAGAUCGUGGCUUCGGACUCGGCCCUCGAGAAGAGGAUGAAGUUUGAGACACAGGAUGUGAUGGAAGUGAGGGAGAGAUUAGGGCAAUAUGAUUGCAUCUUUCUGGCUGCGCUUGUGGGAAUGAGUAGGGAAGCAAAAGUGAAGAUUUUGGGACAUAUAAGGAAGUAUAUGAAGGAGGGAGGGACUUUGCUUGUGAGAAGUGCAAAAGGGGCUAGGGCUUUCUUGUACCCUAUUGUUGAGGAACGUGACAUGGUGAAUUUUGAGGUUCUUACCAUCUUUCACCCCACAAAUGAUGUGAUCAACUCAGUUGUUCUUCUUCGCAAGCCUAAAGCUUAAUUAAUUGGGCUCGGUAACCACACCCAAGUUGUUGUUUGUUCUAUAUCUACUUCAAGAAGAUCAGUGCUGUGAAGUUAAUUUUUAUGUUCCAAUGUGUUUUGUUGUUGUUGAGGCGGGGUUUACUUUAUUCUAUGCUUUACUUAUACUCACUUAACAUGGUGUUGUUCAGUGUCCUCUAAUGGUUAUGAUGAUUAAUAGUAUGUGUAUCACUAAAAUUUUUAAUAAAUAAGCGCUACUGUUCUCAAAA